AAGAGGAAAAACAAAUGAACCAGAUAAUAAACCAACCUAUUUAACGCAUGUGGAACAAAACGACGAAGGAUUUGGAUCCAUAAAAAGCAUCUGGGAUUCUUGCGUAGCAGGAAAUACAGAAAAUUUUUUCUUCAUCAUGAAAAACGAAAUUCAAGGUAGAGAACACCUGUUGAGAAAAACUGACAAAGACGAUUGGAGUGCUGUUCAUUUUGCAGCAAAAGGUGGAAAUCUUGAAAUAUUUUCAGCUCUGAUUUCCGACAAAGCUAUUCUUCUGAAAACAAAUGAACAAAUGACAGUUUUACACAUUGCAGCAAAGUACAGUAAUUAUGAUAUUUGCAAGUUCAUUUUAGAGAACGAUGAAUUCAGGGAACUAUUAAGAGAAAAGUCAUGUCUAGGAAAAAAUGCUUGUCAUUAUGCAGCAGAGGGCGGGUCUCGCAAAAUAUUAAAGUUGUUAGUGAAGAAUAAAGAACUAAAUGUAAACGAAACAACAAAUGAUGGUCAAAACAUAUUCCAUAUUGCUUGUAUUCAUGGCAAUUUAGACAUGUGUCAAUUCAUUGCAGAAAAUUAUAAUAAAUUGAUUUCUGCAGUAGACAAUGAUGCAUGGAAUGCAACGUUGUACGCUGCAAAACAAGGUCACAUACACAUUUUGAAAUUUCUUAGGGCAAACGGUGUUAGUUUCAACAAUCAGUCAAAAAGCAAGAGAAAUGCCCUUCACAUUGCAUGCGAUAAUGGACAUAAACCCGUCUGUGAAUUUAUAGUAAAAGUUUGCCCUUCAUUGCUGGAAGAGAAAGAUUAUAAAGGCAGGCAUGCGGGUCAUUUUGCUGCAAGAAGCGGCAAUGUUCCUACAAUGAAAUUCCUAAACGAUGCGAAGCUUGACGUCACAAAAAGUACAGAGACUGGGUUGAAUAUCCUUCAUUAUGCAUGCCUGUAUCGCCGAAAGGAAAUGUGUUUAUAUCUUCUGGACACUUUUCCUCACCUGAAUGUGCAAAGAACACAACACGGAUGGACCACCGCUCAUUUCGUUGCUGAAAAAAAAGUGAAUUUGGGAAAUGAAAUAGAGAUAUUUGAAAUCAUCACAAACGCCAAAGAAAACUGUAGAAUUGAAGAGGUCACACACAAAAGAAAUUCAAUUCUUACAUUGGCAAUAAAAAAUAAUUUCUAUGAAUUUUGUGAAUACCUUUUACAGACUCAUCCAGAUAUUUUAGAUAUUCCAGGGGCAAUUCAUCCAAAGGAUAUAGAAAAGAAAGACACAAAAAUGUCCAAUAUUAUUGAACGUUAUAUCAAGUUGAAAUAG